CUCGGGCCCUCCGUAUUUGCUGCUCAUCUCAUCUCCAUCCAGAAAUCCAGAUCAUCCUCCUGCGCAUCGCGGUCGCGGCUGGCCCCUACGGCCAUCGCGAGCGACGACACCAACGUGCGGGGGCGGGGAGGUGGCAGACGGAGCCUCUCCAGUCUCCACAGACCACAGCCGCGCAUGACAGCAACCCGCCUGCAUUUCCGGCUCCAGUACAUUUCGUUUCACCCAGGAAGGAGAACCUGAUUCCACGCAGCGACCAGCCCGGCAUCCCGGCCCAGCCACAGCCAGGGCCAACGCCCUCUUCGACCCGACGCCAGCCAGCGCCGGUAGCGCAGGCACCGCGCCCCCGCUCACCCCGGCGAUGCGCCGCGCCCCGCGCUCGUGACCCAUGGCCUCGCUCUCCGUUCCUCCCACGCUCCCGCGGGCCUCGCCAGCGGUGGUGGGCGCGGCGAGGUGGAGGAGGGCCGCGGUGCGGGUGCGCGGUCGCACUGCCGCCGCGGCAUUGGGCGGUGGGUGCGGCGGCGGAGGAGGAAUGGAGCAGCGCCACGGGGACGGCCCGCACAGCCCAGUGAAGGAGAAGCCUGUAAUGUCAAACAUUGGGAAAUCAACUAAUAUUUUAUGGCAUAAUUGCCCGAUCGGACAAUCUGAUAGACAGAAGUUGCUGGGACAAAAAGGCUGUGUUGUAUGGAUCACAGGACUCAGUGGUUCAGGGAAAAGUACUCUUGCAUGUGCAUUGAGUCGGGAGUUACAUUGCAGAGGCCACCUCACGUAUGUCCUUGAUGGCGACAACCUCAGACAUGGCCUAAAUCGAGAUUUAAGCUUCAAGGCAGAAGACCGUGCAGAAAAUAUACGAAGAGUUGGAGAAGUGGCAAAGCUUUUUGCGGAUGCUGGUAUCAUUUGCAUUGCUAGCUUGAUAUCUCCAUACAGGAGAGACCGUGAUGCAUGCCGUGCUCUACUUCCGGAUUCUAAAUUUAUUGAAGUAUUUAUGGAUUUGCCCCUAAAAAUUUGUGAAGCUCGUGAUCCUAAAGGUCUGUACAAGCUUGCACGCACAGGAAAGAUUAAAGGUUUCACUGGAAUUGAUGAUCCAUAUGAACCACCAGUGAACGGUGAGAUAGUAAUUCAGAUGAAAGAUGGGGAAUGCCCUUCACCCAAAGCAAUGGCCAAGCAAGUUAUGUGCUAUCUUGAAGAGAAUGGAUGUUUGCAAGCUUAGCGCAUACGUGAGAAGAUUGAUCUGAUUCUUUUGUGUCCAUUACUCGUGGACACAAGCAUGAUCCAUUGAUCCAGAAUAAAAGGCAUCGUCACAAAGCAAGCAACAGAGUACAGAGGUGCAGUCCAUUCAGAGAAAGAUACUGAUUCAUCUUAUUGUUGAGGCUAUUUGUUUUGUGUGUAUUGUGCUUGUACAGCCGCAAUGUAUCUACAUCAGCAAUUCAGCACGCACUGGUUUAACUCGCGUUGACCGCUGCGCGUGAAGGCUGAUGGGUGUUUGCGAGUUGUGUUGGUAAUGUAUUUGAUACCAAUAAAUACAAAUAAAUUAUCCAAUUUGUACAUGACUCGUUUCCACUUGGAAUAAAAGUCAAGGAAAGUUGUAACACCUUC